AUGGGCGCGGUUCAUCUAUACCUCGUCCGCCAUGGCGAAUCCGUCGAUAACGUCGCGAACCUCUAUGCCGGGUCUCGCGACGCACCUUUGACAUCUCACGGCGUCUUGCAAGCAAGGCGCCUCGGGGAACACCUCGCGACACGAACCGCUGCGGCCUCGGCCCCCAUCACGCACAUCUUCUCGUCGAAUCUACAAAGAGCCCACCGCACUGCGAUGCUCGUGGCGCCUACUAUCCCGGUUCCCUCGGCUCUGGAGGAUGGUGGUGCUCCGCCGUCAUCCAGUUCCGUCGCAGUGUUGAAACAGACAAUCGGGGUGGCCACACUACAGUUACCAGAGCUCCGGGAGAAACACUUUGGAACCGGCGAGGGUCAGAGAUUCGGCGUCCGGUCGUCUGGAGACAGACACGAAGGUGCCGAGGAUCAAGACUCUAUGCGCGUGCGUGCGGAGCGGUUCGUGGACGAGUACCUCGCUCCCCUCUUCGCUUGCGUGGAAGGGGAGCAGGAGCAGGAGCAGCAUGUGGCCGUCGCCUGCGGCACCGAGAGCAUCGUCAUCGUCGCCCACGGGAUCAUACUGGGUGUGCUGGCGAGGGUUCUCCUUGCCGCUGGCAACUUUGGGUCUCCGGCAACCGGGUCGUCGGAUCAGCAGCAGCAGCACUUUUCGUGGAGCAACACUGGAUACCUCUUGAUGCAUGUCAAGACGAUGCCGCCGGUGGUUGAUGCAAAAGAGCCUGCUGCUGGCUCGCGAAGCGGUACGCAGGAAGCCAAAUGGCCCCGUCUGAAGCUUGAAAUAGUGGACGUCAAUUGCACCGACCACCUUCGCGGCUUGAAAAAGACGCGUGGGGGGAUCGGCAGCGCAAAGUUUGACGAGAAACAGAAGACGCUCAACGCGUUCUUCACACCUACUGCAUCAAAGCGGAAGCGUGAGGAGAGUUGA